UCUCCUCUGCUUCCACUCGGGCGCCGACGAGAGGUGAGGCGAGGGGCUUCUCGGGUCGGUGGUGCGGGCGCGUGGGUUCGAGGGAGGGAGGGAGGGGCCCAGCAGCGCCGGCUGAUCGGCCUGCUCGGCGGUGGUGCCAUGGCCAUGGACGAGGACGAUGCGGUGGCGGAGGUGGACCUUGCGGACCCGAACCCGGACGUGGGGGACCUGUUCCACCACUACGACGGCCUCUACUUCCGGGGCGCGCUUGCCGCCGCCGGCUUCACCGUCCAGUGGCGCUCCUCGUUGUCACCACUAAGCAGGUCUUUUGGAUCUUGCACCUUUUCAAAACAACAAAAUACCAUAUCACUCUCCGAGUCAUUUCUCAAGUAUCGCUCAUGUACUGACCGGAAGAAUGCAUUGCUUCAUGAAAUGAUCCAUGCAAUCAUAUACGUGAAGUUUCAUAGGAAGGACUGCUAUAAUCAUGGUCCUGCUUUCCGUGCUUGGAUGGAAGCCAUUAACUCAUGCCGCAAACAGGAUUGCCAGAGACCAGAUGGUGGGUACAAUAUCACCACUCGUCAUGAUUUCAUCCCAGAAGAGCACCAUAGCUUCAAGGGUGUGCUGUGGAAGUGCGGGUCUUGUGGUGAUACACUUCUGAGGCCCAUAAACCAGGGUCCUCCAUCUAAUGCCUGCUGCAUUGAGAACGAUGACAUCAGUGCAUCCUGUGGGAACUUUCUUUGCUACUGGCACAACCACAAGAACGAAUGUUCUGGUACGUAUGAAAAAACGAUGUUGAAAUUUGAAGCACCAUCUCAAAAGAAAGUUACAGAAGGUGCUCAGUUGCUUCUGACUUUACCAUCAGAAAUAUCCAAGUCAAAAGGAGCCAUUCAAGAAUCUGGUUCAUCUAUAUUGCAGUUGCCAUGGUAUACUAAAGCCACAAAACCAAAUGCUGAAGAAAAGCAUCUUUGUCUAGGGAGUGGCAGCAACGGGAAACCUCAGGGAAGUAGCUCCUCGAAGAAAGCAGACAAGAGGUGCAGGCCUGAAAUGGUUGGGAAAACACUUGUUAUGCAUGCUGCACCCCAAGGAAAACCAAAUCAAAACCAUGGAUUGGUUGCAACGGUGAAGCGUGAGCCUGUGUCCGUGGGAGGCUACAAUGAUGCAAAAUCACAGGGGAGAGAUACAUCAAAGAGAGCUGGCAAGCGCCAUAAGCCUGAUGAUCUUCAGGAAUCCAGUGUUCUCCCUUCUGCACCCCUGGGAACACCAAAACUGAAGCAUGCAUUGGUUGCAACAGAGAGUAACAAAGUCUCCUCAGCAGAGUGUUGCAACGGUGCAAAAUCACCAAAAACCAUUACGUCAAAGAAAGCAGGAGAGCAGCAUGAGCUCCAGAUUGCUCAGAAAGCCUGUUCUCAGCCAGCUAACCCUCAGAAAAGACUGAAGCAAGACCGGGUUGCACCGGAAAAGAAAGAACUUUCCCAUUUGAUGGGCUGCAGCAACGAGAAGUUAUUGGAUAUGAGCUCCUCAAUGAAGGCAUACAGGCAGCAUGAGCCCGAAGACAUUAAGGAAGCCACUGUUCUGCCAACUGUCCCUGGAAUCAAACCCAUGGCAUCAGAGAAGCAGCGAAAGGGAAAAUGCAAAAGGAAGCCUGUGAAGGAAAAGGAGAGGAAGCCUGUGAAGGAAAAGGAGUAUGCUGUGAUGAGUGCAUGGCUGAACUUCUAUGAAUCAGAUAGGUCAAGUGGAUCGCCCGAGCCCCUUGUAAACAAAAGAACAGAGCGGAGGAGGAGAGAAAGAGAAAGAGCAAAGAUGCUGACUUAUUCACGGUCAAAGAAGAUUAGAAGUGAGCCAUCAGUCAACUCUAGGACAUAUGCCUCUGCCAGUAGCCACAGAAUCGAGAUGGCACCACAAGAUAGAUCGAUGCAACAGUCCCGGCCACCAUCUCCAUGCUCAGACCAUGCAGUUGGUACUACUGCUAACCAGGUGGUGGUGACUCCAGCAACUGGAGAUCAGUCGCAGCCAUCUGUGCCAUGCCUGGAUGCCCCUGAGAUGAUAGUAAUUUCUGAUGAUGAGUGACCCUCUUCGAUGAUGAUAACUAGCAUAUUUUGGAUGGUUGUUGGGCUCAUUGCUACAGGCAGUGCGUUGUAUGGAUGAGCAGCCAAACUCACUAGAUGUGGCGAGUCUGCCAUAGUAUAUUGGAAGUGACGUAGUGUGCUAGUUCUUACUAUAGAGUAGUGUCUGACGAUCCCACGAAGUCUCUUAAAUUGCUGAGAGCCAUACAACAUAUCUGUAAUAUUUUUUUUAUGUCGUCGAACUCUUUCGUGGACAGACACGAGACUGUAGGUGCUACAGCUUGAACUUGAUUUAUUAAACAAAAAACUUGAAUUUUAAUGACCUGCGCCUUUGCUGCC